AUGUCCCCUCCUCCAACUCGUCCAAUGCCACUCUCGCCGAGCCUGGGCUCACUAACAUCGGCUGCUGCAACGAGCUCAACGCCAGCUGACGGCUACGCUCGCUCACGCGGCGUUGGCGCGUGCGUAGUUACUUUCACUGUGGGCGGGCUUAGUGUGCUUAAUGCGAUAGCUGGAGCCUACGGUGAGGAUUUGCCUGUGAUUUGUAUCGUUGGAGGACCCAACUCCAGUGACUAUGGGGCUGAUAAUAGGAUUCUUCACCAUACAAUUGGGUCACCUGAUUUUAGCCAAGAGCUUAGGUGCUUUCAGAACGUCACUUGCUAUCAGGCUGUGAUAAAUAAUUUAGAAGGCGCAGAGGAAUUGAUCGACACAGCAAUUUCAACAGCCUUGAAAGAAAGCAAGCCUGUUUACAUCAGCAUAAGUUGUAACUUGGCUGGAAUUCCUCAUCCUACUUUUAGCCCUGAGCGUAUACCAAUAUCAUUGUCUCCCAGAUUCAGUAAUCAAAUGGCCUUGGAGGCAGCAGUUGAAGCAGCAGCAGACUUAUUGAACAAGGCAGUGAAACCAGUUCUGGUAGGUGGGCCUAUACUCCGAGUUGCACAAGGAGUUGAUGCCUUUGCUGAGCUAGCUGAUGCUAGUGGUUAUGCUUUGGCGGUGAUGCCUUCAGCAAAGGGAAUUGUGCUAGAGCACCACCCUCAUUUCAUUGGGACGUACUGGGGUUCUGUGAGCACCGCAUUUUGUUCUGAGAUUGUGGAGUCUGCAGAUGCAUACUUGUUUGCCGGACCAGUUUUCAAUGACACCAUCUCUGUUGGGUACACUGCCCUUUUCAAGAAAGAGAAAGCGAUCAUCGUGCAACCGGAUCGCGUGACAAUCGGAAAUGGUCCUGCAUUUGGUUGUGUUCUUAUGAAGGAUUUUAUAAAAGCUCUUGCAAAGAGGCACACAUAUAACAUGACUGCUUAUGAGAACUACCAAAGGAUAUUUGUGCCUGAUGGCCAGCCUCUGAAAUGUGGUCCCAGAGAAUCUUUGAGGGUUAAUGUUCUGUUCCAACACAUCCAAAAAACGUUGUCAAGUCAAACAGCUGUGAUAGCUGAGACAGGAGAUUCAUGGUUCAACUGCCAAAAACUGAAAUUGCCGCCAGGAUGCCGGUAUGAGUCCCAAAUGCAAUAUGGAUCGAUUGGUUGGUCAGUUGGAGCAACUCUUGGGUAUGCUCAGGCUGCACCUACAAAGCGAGUGAUUGCUUUCAUUGGUGAUGGGAGUUUCCAGAUGACUGCACAAGAUGUGUCCACAAUGCUGAGAAAUCGGCAGAGAAGCAUCAUCUUCCUGAUGAACAAUGGAGGAUACACAAUUGAAGUUGAGAUCCAUGAUGGGCCCUACAAUGUGAUCAAGAAUUGGAACUACACAGGACUGGUUGAUGCCAUCCACAAUGGGGAAGGCAAAUGCUGGACAGCUAAGGUUCAUUGCGAAGAGGAAUUGAUGGAAGCAAUUGAGGUUGCAGAGGGGGAAAAGAAGGAAUGCAUGUGCUUCAUUGAGGUGAUUGUUCACAAGGAUGAUACCAGCAAGGAGCUGCUUCAAUGGGGGUCUAGGGCUGCUGCAGCCAGUAGCCGCCCCCCAAGCCCUUGUCAGUAA